GUGGAGCCCAUAUCACUCGACGAGCCAGUCUCGACUGGAACUGCUUUAACUGUGGAAAGAUACACGGAAUAACGACGCAAAAAAAAAAAAGGAAAAGAAGGAAUAAAACAAUAUCAGUUGACUGAACAACAAGAUGGAACAGCUAUAUCGAAUAAGAAUUCUACUAAGCUUGUGUUUAGUAAAUGUUCUACUGAUAGAAUGGAGCAACGCAGCUGCAGUAUCUAAUAAAAAUCUAGUUCUAACAGGCGGUCAGGGCUUAUACAAUGCCAGUGAUGAUGUAGUAAUUCUCAAUGUCACAAAUUUCAAGACAACUGUUUAUGGAAGCAGCAGAAGUUGGCUAGUUGAAUUUUAUAACAGCUGGUGCGGUUUUUGUUUUAGAUUUGCACCUACUUGGAAAGCUUUUGCAAGCGAUAUUGUCUCAUGGAAUGAUAUUGUUGCGAUUGCCGCAAUAGAUUGCGCAGAUGAUGAAAACAAUCCUCUCUGCCGAGAGUAUGAAGUUAUGCAUUAUCCAAUGUUGAAGUACUUUUCUGUAAAUGCACAUCCCUCGUCCUUGGGUUUAAUAAUAGAAAAGGGGGACAGUAUCGACUCAAUAAGGCGUAAUUUAGUUAGCAGGCUUGAAGUGGAACAGCAGGAAGGACGAGGAUCUACGUGGCCUAAUAUUGCGCCAUAUAGGAACGUUGAAACAACAGAUAUAUGGAAAACAGCAUCCAGUAACGUGAAGUAUUUUUUCUUGGUUUUCGAAAAUUUGGACUCGCAUCUGGGCACAGAAGUCAUUCUUGAUCUGCACAGAAUCAGCGAUUUGCAAAUACGCAGAGUGACUUCUGACAAUGAGUUGCUGUGUGUAACGAACAAGAUUACGAAAUUCCCAUCUGUGAUAGUCUUCGAACGUAACGAAACACAGAAGGUACUCAACGUGAGAAUUCCAACGAGAGAAGGAGUGCGGCGAGUUAUUAAGGAUUACGCGAUCGCAAAAGGUGUUAACAUUGACGAGACAACGGUGUCCCACGAUACCGUGCAGAAUACCGAGAGCGUGCAUCAGACAACGAUCACGACGAUUGCAAGGACUCGUGUAGAAGAGGAAUCGUCGAAAAAGACCGACGAUUAUUUGUAUCAGCUCGAUCUAGAAAGCGCGCUGCACUAUUCGAUUAAUCACGAAAUAUCUUUAACAAAAGUAAUAGAAUCCGACAAGAUGGAAGCGUUACGGAAGUAUCUCGCAGUGUUAGCAGCAUAUUUUCCUCUGCGACAUAAUAACGCGUAUCUAGAGAUGAUUUUUAGCGAUGUGAGAAGCAGAACUACCAUAACCGGCGAAGAGUUCAGCCAGUUGGUUAGAACGACGGAAGAGGGAAUGUCGCCGGUAUACUCGGGAUCGCCUCAUCGGUGGAUAGGCUGCAAAGGUAGCAAGAAUUCGUAUCGAGGAUAUCCUUGCGGGUUGUGGACCAUGUUUCACAUGUUGACCGUGAAUUUCGCACUGGAACGAAGCAAAGACACAUUUCUAGGUGAUUUCGCGAAUGAUCCCGCGGCAGUGUUGCGCGCGAUGCACGGCUACAUCGGGACUUACUUCGGAUGCGCCGACUGCGCCGCACAUUUCGUGGAAAUGGCUAGCAGAAACAAGAUAUUUGACGUGCACAGUAGAGACGAGGCCGUGCUCUGGCUGUGGCGUGCGCACAACGAAGUGAACGCACGACUGUCAGGAGAUGACACAGAGGAUCCCGAACAUAAGAAGAUACAAUAUCCCGCAGCCGAACAUUGCCCGACCUGUAGAUACACCAACAGCAGCUGGAACGAAGAGGAGGUUCUGCGAUAUUUGAAAAACAAAUAUAGUCACAAUAGCAUUAAAUAUGAUGGAAUCAGCAACUAUGACAAUGACAAUAGUGAGACAAACAGUAAUAGUUCGAAAGUGAGACCAGAGAGAUUCGCCAAAGAAACAAAGAGUACCACUGCCUUUGGCUGGGACUUGAAUAUAUUCGAUAUUAGUAUCUGUGUGAUAUUGUAUGUUACUUCAGCCGCGAUACUCGUGCUGGUUUGUAUCAAGUUUGCUGUCAAGAAGACAUAUAAAAAGAAAAAUCACCUCAAUCUGUUGCCAAAAGUCUGAUCUUUAUACUUUGCUUUGCAUUUGGUUGACGUCAUGCAACAUUCCUGGACCAGCAAGUAUCACUCAGACAUUUAAGCUCGAAUCAACUGUUAAGUCACAAAUUUCCAGGUUGUAUAAUAUUUCUUUAAUUAAUACCAAUCAUUUCGAUUAUACAGUAAAAGCAAAACAAAUUUGCAAUUUUUUUAAUUUUAUUUUUAUUUAAUUUAAGGAGAUUGAAUUUUAGGUGAAAUUUACAAAUUGAAUUCAGGGAAAGUUAGAUUACAAAAAUGACUAAACUUCGUCUAUUUAUUCUUUUCCUUGAAAUCAAAUGUUUAAAUUUUAUCUAAAAUUCGAACGUAAACUCUUUUAAGUCUCUUUAAGAAGAAAUAUUUUUUAUUAUAAUUUGUUAUUUCGUAUAUUAAAAUCAAUAGAUAUAUAAAUCAGUAACUAGAUAGCGCCUUCUCUCCCGAUGAAUUAAAUUAAAUUGUAUUCCAAUGAACUCUGUAUAAUAGCAAGAUAAAUUAUUUAUAUCUUUUAUUUAAAUUCACGAGGAUUAGGCAUGUUUUUUUUUGUAUAAUCUACAAUUUAUAUAAAUUAGUUAUGCUCAAGAAACUCUUCACAGAACUGUACAACGUCGGUAAUGAUUACAUUCUUUCGUGCGAGUUUUUUAAAUAAACAUAUUAUGUUAUAAGCUCACCAUUUCACAAAUUUAAUGAUAUUCUGCUUUAUACUCUUAUCUUCAAAGAAGAUACUUCACAAUUAUCAAUUCCUAAUAUUUAAGUUUACUAAUUAUCUGUCAGUACUGAUUUUGAUGAAUUUGCUCAUUAGAUUUGUUUUUUUUAUGCAACACGAAACAAAGCGAAUAAAUAAUCCUUUUUGCGAUAGUCCCUCUCGCUAUGUGUGUAUGUACAGAGUCUCUCUGCUCUGACAUAUUUCGUAAUACCAUUUCUUGUUUCUAUGUAUAAAUUAUUAUAAAAUUAUCGCAAAUUAUACAAUAUAUGUGCGAAUAGAAGAGGAGUGUAGCAAGCUUCAAAAAAUUUUUAUAAAAACAAGAAAUGUAUAAUGGCCAUUUGAAGCAAAAAACACUGGUGAUAAUGUGUGUA